AUGACAAGUCGCGAAGUACUUUCGGUCCAUAUCGGCCAAGGCGGCGUGCAGAUUGGCAACGCCUGUUGGGAACUGUAUUGUUUGGAGCACGGCAUACAACCCGACGGCAUGUUGUCACCGCAGAGUUGCACGAACGACGAAGGUUUCCAGACCUUCUUCAGCGAAACAGGCGGUGGAAAAUAUGUACCCAGAGCCGUCUUCCUCGAUCUCGAACCGACGGUGAUAGACGAGGUCCGCACGGGAACGUACCAUCAGCUGUUCCACCCCGAGCAGCUGAUCUCCGGCAAGGAGGAUGCCGCGAACAAUUACGCGCGCGGCCAUUACACUCUGGGCAAGGAAAUCAUCGACCUGGUGCUCGACAGAAUCCGCAAAAUAGCCGAUAUGUGCGGCGGCCUGCAGGGCUUCCUCAUCUUCCACGCGUUCGGCGGCGGCACUGGCUCCGGCUUUGCCAGUCUGCUGAUGGACCGACUGUCCAUGGACUACGGCAAGAAGUCCAAGCUGGAAUUUGCCAUAUAUCCGUCGCCGCAGAUCUCCACGGCCGUCGUGGAGCCGUACAACGCGAUUCUGACGACGCACACCACCCUGGAGAACUCCGACUGCGCGUUCCUCGUGGACAACGAGGCGAUCUACGACAUUUGCAGGCGGAACUUGGACAUUGAACGGCCGACCUACACGAAUCUGAACCGGCUGAUCGGCCAGAUUGUCUCCGCGAUCACGGCGUCGCUGAGGUUCGACGGCGCGCUCAACAUCGAUCUUACCGAGUUCCAGACGAACCUCGUGCCUUAUCCAAGAAUACAUUUUCCCCUGGCGACGUACGCGCCGAUCGUAUCCAUCGAAAAAGCUUACCACGAACAGUUGACUGUGAUGGAGCUUACCUCGGCCUGCUUCGAGCCGGCCAUGCAGAUGGUCAAGUGCGACCCGCGAAGGGGCAAGUACAUGGCGUGCUGCUUGCUGUACAGAGGCGACGUGGUGCCGAAGGACGUGAACGCCUCUAUAGCGACCAUCAAGACGAAGAGGUCGAUACAGUUCGUCGACUGGUGUCCGACGGGCUUCAAGGUAGGAAUCAAUUAUCAACCGCCAACCGUGGUACCAGGCGGUGAUUUGGCGAAGGUGCAAAGGGCCAUGGCCAUGUUGGCGAACACUACCGCGAUUUCCGAGGCGUGGAGCAGAUUGAACAGAAAAUUCGAUUUAAUGUUCAGCAAGCGAGCGUUUGUUCAUUGGUAUGUCGCCGAAAAUAUGGAUGAGAGCGAAUUUCACGAAGCUAGGGAAGAUCUGGCCGCGUUAGAAAAAGAUUAUCAGGAAGUCGCCACGGAUUCUCUGGAGGCCGGAGGUGAAGAAGAGAUGUAAGAUAAAAAGGCUUGCAUAACAAUCGCAUGCGCUGAGAACACAUGCACUUUGGUGGGAUAAAUGAACGUUUCACUCGGUCGCACCGUUUUUUAGGAUUUUUACAUUGUUUUCGUCCCUUUGUACACGUUUUAUCUAUUACUUUUAUUUUAGAUAUACAAGUUUAUGCGCGUCCUUGUGAUAUAAUAAAAAAUUGGAACAUUUA